UGAAUAAGAACUAAGAAGUCGGGUUAAGGCUCUCGUCUAAAAAAAAGAAAAAAGCAGAACCUGGUGUACUGGUGUUUAUUUAGCAAACAAAGAAGAAAAACGCAAUCAAAUUAGAAAUUGGAAAUGGCAGCGGAGGAAGAGAACGAUGAUAUGGCCUCACUGUUCGAGGGGAUGGUACUCUUUGAUCCUUCUGAACACCUAGACCAGCAACCCUCCACCACCGCUGCCACUCUCGAUGUCGGUGCGGAUCAACCGCCGGCGCUGCCGUUAAUAGCAGAGUCGAGUCCUAGUCAGCCGCUCGAUGAGAACCUAUUCUCUGAUCUUACACUUGUUACUCCUUCCCAAUCCCUAGAACUAGAAGAUAUUAAGUCCAACUCCGAUCCAUCGUCAAUCUCGCUAAUUUCUCGCCAGAAUUCCACCCGGAAGAAAAAGAGGGCUGGUUUACGGAUUGGAUAUGGUAGAGAUAGAGAUAGAGAUAGAUAUCAUGCCUCCGAUUCAGUCAUUGCCACUUCAACUGCCAAUGACCAUUCGCAUAUUGAUACCCGUUUCCCGGAAGCAGAAGAGAAGAAAAAAGAGCAAGGAGAAGAAGAAGAUGAUGAUGAUGAUGAUGGUGGUGGUGGUGGUGGUGAAGAAGAAGAAGAUCAAGAAUCGAAUUCCUCCAGCAUGAUUUCUGCAGCUCAGGAUCGCGAUUCUUCAUCUGAUACAACUUCUCAUGGUAUUCAUUCUAAUGACACACCUGAGCAAAUCGCUAAUCUGGCUUCAUCUGGUGUUGGUGAAGAUGCAACAACUGGGCAACUAAAUGUUAGCAAGAGUCAUGACCCAGUUGAAUUCAGAUUCCAACAGCUUAGGAUCCUUAUUUCAAAUAAGCUUAAAGAAGCCCAUGAGACUGUUUCUUCCAUUUCUUCAGAAAGAAAGGAAUCAAUUAGGAUGAGAAGAAAAGCUGCCCGGAGUGUGACUCAGGCAUAUGCUGAGUAUAAAGAAUUUGAGAAGAAGCUGGAAGAAGCUUGUGAAGCUGAAGACUUUGAGAAAGCGGAACGGGUCAGUGAGAGUUUAGCUUCCACAGAGAAGGAAAAAGAGUGCUUGGUAGUUGCUCUCAGAGAUGCAGAAGCCCAUUGUGAUGCUCUUGACUCUAAGAUGCAAGGGGUUCUUGAGUCAUUAAUUCAAGUCGAAGAGGAGUGUGCCUCUAUGUUGCAGACCUUUGCAAUGGACACCGCACGCGAUGCAGAUUUGGUUUUAAAUAAUGCAGAAGAAUUAUCAUCCAAACAAAUGCAGGAAUGGGAUUUGUCUGCUGAAGCAAUAGAAAUUAAAAAGAUGGAGUUGGAAAUUGAAUCUGAAUUAGUAGAUGAGGCACGUAAGGUUUUGAAUGAUUCCAUAGAACAAUUUGUUGAGGAUGACCGAAGAGAGAGAGAUUUUCUUUGCAGGAAAAAAGAAGGGUUAACAGAAGAGCUGAAAAAACUGCUUGCUCUAGUGAAAGAAAAGGAAGAAGAAAUAGCAGAAAAUGAUUCUCUCAUUGAAAAAGUUGACAAAAGAAUUGCUGGUGCUGUCUCUAGAUUCAAAGAAGUCCAAACUAAUAUGGAUCAAAAUUAUCAUAAUCUGCAGUCUGGUCUGUCUGAACUGGAGUUGGCAAAUGAAUCUGUAUUGGAGAAAAAGAAAGAAAUUGAUUAUUAUGUUUCCCAGGAAGAAUCCAGAGGAGCAAAGAUUAGGGAUCUUUCUAGGAUUUCUGCAGAUGAAGCAAACAUGUUUCAAGAAUUUGUUGAGUUACGAAAGAGUCUGGCUCAGUUAGUUUUGAAAUCCAAGGAGGAUAAAGUUAGGCUUUCAAAAACUGAGGAUGAACUUUCAAUGCACGUCCAGAUGCUCAAACACGGAAUUUCUACUGCGAGAACCUCACUUCAGGAACUAUCUUCAAAGAAGUCAAAGAUCCAGCAAGAAGUUGAUUCCUUGAAGCAAAGGCUUGUAUUUAUAGACAAGAGAGUUCCAGAGCUUGAGGCUGAGAAGAAGGUGGCUGCUACAGCAAGAAAUUUCAAGGAAGCAGCCCGGCUUUCAGCAGAGGCAAAGGCAUUGUGCAUUGAAAAGGAUGAAAUACAGACCAAAUUGGAGGUUGCAGAGUUAGAGCUUAAGAAGGUUGAAGAAGAGAUUUGCCAAACUGUUGACAAACUGCAAGAAACUGAAGUGCAGAUUUCAUCAAGGGAGAAAGAAUUGGCUAUGGCUAGAUUCCAGGGACUAAUCUUAAUUGACAGGGCUUCUAGAGCGGAGAGAUCAGCUGCUUUGGAGUUAGGUGACCUUGAAGAGGCUGAUGCUUUAUUGGAAGAGGCUGAAGCGGCAGAUGCUGAAGCAAGAAAACUUCAACCCAUCUACAACCUUAAAGAAGAAGAGUUUGCUAACCUGCCGAAACAUUUUGUCUCAGCUGAACUUGUGUCCAAGAUUCAGGGCAAGCAGUUGAGAGAACUUGCGGCAUCUGUUAAUAUUUUGGGGGCAUCUUGACCAUAACAUGAUUAAUGAGCUCAAAUUUUGACGGGUCCUAGAGGACUUUGAUCGUGUUUAGUCGCUCGCUGGAAGAGUAUUGACUAUUAUUUUGGAUUCUCCUAUCUCACAUUCUUACCAUAGAUGGAAGACCAAAAAUGGCGUUUGCAUUGCCUUUUUUAGUUUAUACUGUAGCCCUUUCUUUUUCAGCAAUAUUUCUCAACAGUGGUCUGGUGGCUUUUCCGUAUCCGUAUGGGGUGUGCCCUGUGCUUUUUUAUUUAUUUAUUUUUUCU